AUGACAGCUUGGGAUUCAGAAAAAAUAAUUAACGCUCUUAAAACACAUGAUCUUUUGCCAGAUGAUAUACAUUAUGUUAUUUCAACUCAUGGUCACUCUGACCAUAUUGGAAACAAUAACUUGUUUCUCAGAGCAAAACAUAUAGUUGGUUUUAGUGUAUCAUUUAAGGAUACAUAUUAUUCAUUUCCUUUUGAAAAAGAAGAGGAAUAUAUUAUAAAUGAUACAGUAAAAGUGAUUCCAACUCCAGGUCAUACAUUAACAGAUGUUACUGUUCUUGUUACAUCAACACAAAAAGAAUUAAUUGCAUUAACAGGUGAUUUGUUUGAAAAAUAUGAAGAUAUUGAGAAUUCCAACAUUUGGUUAGAAGCCGGAAGUGAGGAUAAAGCUCAACAAGUAAAAAAUCGACUAAAGGUUGCUAAUAUAGCUGAUUGGAUUGUCCCUGGACACGGUGCUAAAUUUAGGGUUACUAGGGAAAUAAGACAUACUCUUAUGAAACAAAUCUGU